CCGUCUCCUGGGAAAAAAAAAAAUUCUCAGCCCGAUGGCAUCUGCUCAGAUCACAUGGGUGAAUGGAGUACAUAUAAAUUACGCUAACCUGCUCACACCAGUUAGAACUUCCAAGAUCUUCCAGGAGCUUGGGCCUCCGAGUCACUGAGACAGAUCCAGGAGAGAGGAACAAGGCAUUGUCCGUGCCUCCCAGCACUCCAGGAUUCUUGAGGAGACAAAGAAGAGAUAUGGCAGCCAGAAACAAAAGUGCUGACAAACGGAAAGCUAAGAUGAACCGUUCACUGUACUGGAACGUUCCCGAGAUGUUGUAGACGAUGUUAGCGUUUCCUUAAGGCUUUGGGAUACCUUCGGGGACCAUCACAAAGACAGGCGCUUUGCUUAUGGAAGGUAGGUCUUGAAAAGCAAAUAUGGAACUCCCAUUAACAUUUUUACUGAGUUAUAAAAUACAAAGUAAAUAGAAAAGUAGUGGGGGUGGAGAAGGGGAAUGAGAAAUGAAGAAAUCUAAGAAAGAAAAAGAAGCUAUCCUGAGAGCGGAUACUAGAACCCAAAAACAUAAAUUUUUCGUCGUGCAGAGUGGUCCGCUGCGAAAUUCAGAGUUGCAGGAAAUAGUGGUGGCCAGUAGCAAGGCCUUUUGGAAGUCGGAAGUCCCUGUGUCUGGAAGAUACAGGUGGAGAAAAUGGUCUUACUCUGCUCACUGAUGCUCCCUCUAAGCACACCUCUCAAGAUCUCAAAGGGCAUUUUGG